CGGCGAGCUGACGUCAACGCUGGGGCAGCCUAUGAUAAGCCGGUUGGCGGGCGGGCGCUGGUCAGGUGCGGCACGUGCCUCAAUCCCAGACCACCCCUAACUGCCUUCGUUUACCAUCAUGAGGCACAACCAGACCCGCUCUCAGAAUCCCUCUUCGGUCACCAUUCAGGUGAAGCCAGGGGUUUCAAAAUUGUCACGUCAGACCCGGGAUUUGGUGGUUCGGAAGCCUCGCCUGCAGGAGAGGGGUGAAGGGGAAUCCAGCAAGACGCCAAAGGUCUCAAAGGAGGCUCCAUUUGUCAUACAGCACCAAGAGUUGGAAGCCUUUCUUAAGCUUCUUGAUGAUGAUGUGAUUCAGGACUUCCUGUGGAUGGACAGUUGCUGUAGAAUUGCAGACAAGUAUUUACUGGCCAUGGUCCUGACUUACUUCAAACGUGCAGAACUUCACACAAGUGAAUACUCCAGGAUGAACUUCUUCUUGGCGCUGUACCUGGCAAAUGACAUGGAAGAGGAUGAAGAGCAGUACAAGUAUGAAAUUUUCCCGUGGGCACUAGGCAACAACUGGAGGAAGCUUGUCCCGAAUUUUCUCAAACUGCGGCUUGACCUGUGGGCACAAAUGAAUUACAGGGCAGCUGUGAGCCGGCGCUGUUGUGAGGAGGUGAUUGCUACUAUUCCUUGCCAUUAUAUAUGGCACAGAGACCGUCCAGUUCACCAUAGUGGUGCAAUUAGAAGCUACCUGCAGAAAGAAGUAGCACCUUACCCACAGGGGCCGAGCGGAACUCCGCCAUAUUGCACCCUCUGCAAUCGCUACAGGUGCUACUUGGACCUCGACUCGGACUCUUCCUCCUCCUCCUCAGAAAAUACAGUCUUGCUGGAUAGUGACUGGCCCCAAGAUCUGUUGAUACUUUCACCAGCUGUACUGAUAAACCAUGGUAUAGAAGGUAUGGGCUCACUGUGGCACCUGGGGUUUAAUACAGGAGGACGCCCCUCUUUCUGCAAUCUCCAUACUAGACAAAAGAUGCUAUUCUGGAUCAGACUGAACCCACCAGUGCUUGUGGAGGUUUCUAGUUCACAAAUGAGUGGGAAUGUUCUAGGUGCUAGGUAACGUAGUGUGUGCAGUCAGCAAAGUAUGCACCAGUUAUGUGAUAUUUUCCAGUGAGAUGCUAGAUCCCAGAUCUCCAUAGCUCCGUUACCAAGCUGACUGCCAUCUUGUAGUAAUUGAUUGAAAAUGCACUGACUGCUAUUCCCUGUUAGCUAACGUUACUAUUUUUAGGUUGGCCUCUGUAACUUGGCCAACUUUAAACCUUUCAUAAACCUCCCCUUCUAUCACUGCUAAAGUGUUUCUGGGUGUUGCUGUUCCUCCUAUCUUGAGUGACAGGAGACUCAGCAUUUCCUCCUCUUUACUGCUCUACCCUUGUUAACUGCAGAAUUCCUCACCUCUCCAGUCUAUCCACCUGUCAAAAUUUGUUUCUAAAACCCAAUCUUGGUGGUUAAUUAUUACCUGCUUUGCCACAUCCUUAGUUAGUUGGCUUUUAUGAUAUCCAGUCCCAUUAUCCUGGAUUCUGCACAGGGUUUCUCAAUACAAAGCCAGUUGUGAUGAGAGCGCCAAAAACACUUCCCUUUUUAACAAAGGGAAAUGGAACAUCUCCAUCAACUCUGAUGGAGAAAGGGCACAGAGGACAGCGUGGUCUUGUAUUGACUCGUGUUUCUGUUAGUCCUACAGGAGGCUUUGGUCAGUGGCGAGCCUAAUGGACAAGACUACAGCUGGCGUAUGUAACAACUGAAGUGCCUAUCUACGG